AUGACCGUGGACAAGAUCGAUGUAACCGGCGACCCGAGGGUCGAGCGCCGCUCGGCAACCGUCAAUGGCAAGACAUACGGCUACCUCUACAGCGAGCCCGAAUCGGGGGUUUAUCGGGCAACAAUCUUCCUCCUCCAUGGCUUCCCCGACCUAUCCAUGGGAUGGCGCUACCAAAUCCCCAUGUUGAUUUCCAUGGGUCUGCGAGUUGUCGCGCCAGAUUGUCUAGGAUACGGCCGAACAGACGCACCCGAAGAAAUAGAACUAUAUUCGCACAAAAGCUGCGCCAACGACAUCAAAGAACUCGCAAUCCAACUAGACGCACCCGAGAUCAUCCUCGGCGGACAUGACUGGGGCGCCGCUCUCGCCUACCGCGUCGCGCUCUGGCACCCGGAGCUCGUAACGCACAUCUUCACGGUCUGCGUGCCAUACGCAGCGCCAACCCGGAAAUACCUCGCGCUAGAAGACAUGGUAGAGAACAUUGCGCCGCAUUUCGCGUACCAGCUGCAAUUCCGGAGCGGGAAUCUCGAAGAUGUCAUCUUUAGUAAGGAAGAUAUCGAAAAGUUCUUGUCGGCGCUGUAUGGCGGUCGCACGGAUGAUAGGGACGUGGCGUUUGAUGCCGAGUAUGGGGUUUUGUUGGAUCGGAUGGAGCUUGUUAGGCCGUCGCCUUUGUUGAGUGAGGUGGUGAGUUUAUUUCUACUUGCUUCUUAUGAAAGAAGGGAGUGGGAUGCAGAGGCUAAUGUGGAUGACAUCCAGGAACUGGAAUACUACGCGAAUGAAUUCUCGAGGAACGGGCUGAGAGGGCCAUUAAACUGGUACCGCACACGGGAGAUAAACUACGAAGAAGAGCUCGCCAUCCUGAACGCCCGCAUCACAGCCCCAUUACUAUUCAUCCAAGCGCUGAAGGACUCCGCACUGCCGCCGCAUCUAGGAAAAGGAAUGACGAGGACGGUGCCGCAUUUGACGUACAAGCAGGUGAACACGGGGCAUUGGGCACUGUGGCAGGAGCCGGAGGAGGUGAAUGAGAUUAUUGCGUGGUGGUUGAAGGAGGUGGUGUUUAAGAGUUUGAGGAUGUCGAGGUUGUGA